AUGUCGAAACCAUCAAUCGUCUUCGUCCACGGGGCGUGGCACAACUCCCAAUAUUUCGAGAAGACGAUCGCUCUUCUCCAACCUCUAGGGUACAAUUGUGUUGCCGUAGACCUGCCAUCAGUAGCAUCCAAGCCGCCAGUUACCUCGCUAACUGAAGAUAUUGAAACGAUUAGAGCGGCUGUUGAGGAAGAAGUGGAAUUGGGUCAUAAAGUCCUCAUGCACGUACAUAGCUAUGGCGGUAUUCCAACAACUAGUGCACUGGACGGACUCAGCGUAAACGAGAGAAGAGAAGCUGGUAAAGUUGGGGGUGUAUCAAGGCUCUCUUUCGUAUCAUCGUUUGUACUUCCUCAAGGAGUGAGUGUAGAACUGGGUGUUGGCGGUCCUUAUGCUCGUCCGGACUGGUGGCUUAUCUCAGAAGACAAUCAAACAAUUUGGGGGAACGGCUUUAAGGAGAUGAUGUAUCAUGAUAUUCCGUCUGAAGAAGCCGAUCUCUACGUUUCUCGCCUUAAGCCACAUGCCUUCGCAACACUUACGGACACUACCAGAUCUGCGGCGUACAAGAAAAUACCAGUUUCUUAUCUGGUAUGUGAAAACGACCGCGCUAUCCCGGAAGUUGGGCAGAUGGCCAUGAUUUCUUCGAUUGAGGCCGAUGGCGCGACUGUGGAAGUGGAAAGAAUUAGAGCCGGACAUUGUGUGCAUGCUUCUCAUGCCAAAGAAGUUGUGGAUUUUAUUCGAAGAGCUGCUGGCGAAACAAUUUGA